AUGGAGAAACAACCACGAGAGACUUCCAUCCAGACCCCCUCCCCGCCCGGGGAGUCACUGGAGCAGCAGAUGAAGCUCUCGCCGCUGGAGUUUUCCUUCUCCCGGCAGCUCGAGGUGUUCCUGACGGUGGUGUUACCAAUCACCCUGACAGUAGAGGAAUGUCAGGCCGCUACAGAGGCCAUGGUCGGGGAGUAUCCGAUCCUGGCCACGAGGUUGGAUCGGACGCGUUCGACCUUCACCAAGGGGCGCAGAGAGAAAGCGGGGCGGUCGGGCAUCUUCCAGGCCACGACUGCCGACGGAGAUUUGGAGGAGUUAGUGCCGUCGCAGGUGCCGUCCCCUGCCUUCUACGAUCCCCAGCUUCUGGAGGCUUUGUUCCAGUCCAAUUUGUCGAAGCAUGAUGGCCAGCGGGCCCUUUCCAUCCGCACCGUUCAUCUGCGAGACGCAUGCGUUCUGCGUUUUAUCGUUCAGCAUGCACUAGCCGACGCGGGAGGCGUACAUUGGAUCGCCGAGACCUACUGUGCCUUCCUGUCAGGCACGCACCACCACCACCACCCGACCGUACGCCCCGAUUUCCUCCUCAAGCCCGAGGUCAUCCAGGCGGGAGCCGAGAUGGCCGCCGACGGCCUGCACCCAAUCGCCGCGCGCUACUCGCAGGGGUUUCGUGUCAGCUGGGCCAGCUUCCUGGCUGCAUACCUGCGACAGCGGUUCUGGGCGCUGUGUCCGACCUCCGCCCGCCGAGUGCGGAAGAUGCUCUUCGUGCCGCAGUCGUGCAUUGACGACUGGAUGGUCCAAGCGCAAAGCCAGGGCGUCCAGGUCACGGAGCAUGACUUACUGAUGGCGUUCGUGUACCAGGGUGCCCACACCGGGCUCAUCUUCACGCUCAAUAUCCAAUCCCACCUGGCCUCGGUCAAGGGCGCCUUGACCAACCCGUGGAUUAACGUUCCCGUCGAGCCCGUUGCCACCACGAAUCUCGUCCAGACCGCGGCACAUGUCCGCCGGACCAUCCAGCAGGCCCGCGAGCCUGCCUGCGUCGCCCAAAUCAUCGGACAGCAUGUUCCUGUGCGAAACACCCCCGCGGUGCCCAAGGGGUAUGGUUCGCGCACGCCAAGGGUGGCGCUAACGUCGUGGAGCCAUCUCCCGUGGUAUGAUCUCGAGGUGAAGGGGACGAAGCCCGCCUGGGUGGUGGGAGACACGCAGCUGAGUCAACUGCUGACGAGAAUGGGGGUACGGAUGGACGAUGGGUUAACGACGUGCCAGGCCCGGUCAUUCGCGGGCGAUGGGAGACGUCGGUCGGGGUAUUGGGUGCAGGGUCGAGUGAGCGACGGGAUCUGGACGAGAAUGAUGAAUGGGUUGACGCAAGGGGCCGGCGAGGGAGAGGCGACGUUAGACGCGGUGGUGGUGAAGGCGUUAUGAUCGGGGUGGGCUAAUGCUUGUCACGGUCGGCUGGCGCGUGGAUCCGUGCGUGGGACGUUUGUUCCGAUCAUUGGGAGAUACGUCAUCUCUAGCACAGAAGCAGCGAUGUUGACGACCCUCCAUGUCACAAUCGCUCACGGCCGUAUCCCCACAGUAGACAAGUCAAGUUCCAAUUUAUGUCAAUGAGCCCUGAGAUGUUUAUAGAGCGCAGCGGUCCACUGGAUACGGUGAUGCUUCACAUCCUGCAAGUUGCUUCCACCGCGGAAACAAAUGUAUGGACGAUCCUGACCUCGAAUGAUGCGAUGUCGACUUCCACCGAGGAGCAAGCUGAUAUGGCGGCGUCGUACUUCGCAAUCAUCUGCAUAGUGCAUCCAGGGGUUUCUAUUGUUCUGGACCAGGCAAGACGAAGAGAAAAACUAAUGAAAGCGUGUGGAUGGGGG